UUCAACUAACUUCUCUUCUGGGAAAAAAAGAAAGUUAAAGUUUACUAAAGAUGCGCAGGAUGGCAAGCUCCACCACCGCCAGAGGCGUCGCCGCCAUUGUAGGCGUCGGUCCUAAGCUUGGACGAUCCAUUGCCCGUAAGUUCGCUCAUGAAGGAUACACUGUGGCCAUCCUCGCCCGAGACUUAGGAAGGUUGUCGAGAUUUGCUGAUGAGAUAGCGAGGGAAGAGAAAGCGCAGGUGUUUGCAAUCAGAAUAGACUGCUCCGAUUCCACAAGCGUUAUCGAAGCAUUCGAGGGCGUUCUUUCGUUAGGAUUUGUUGAAGUUCUGGUGUACAAUGCGUAUCACCAGCCGGUUUCUCGGAACCCCACCAGCUUCACCGACGUUAAAAUCGAUUCAUUCGAGAAAUCGCUCGCCGUUUCCUCCCUCGGUGCUUUCCUUUGCGCUCAACAGGUGCUUCCUGGGAUGGUGGGAAGGCGAAGGGGAACGAUUCUUUUCACUGGUCAAUCGGCUUCGCUCCAUGGCAUCGCUGGUUUCUCUGAACUAUGUUGUGGAAAGUUCGCCCUCAGAGCUUUAUCCCAAUGCCUGUCGAGAGAGUUCCAGCCUCUUGGUGUUCAUGUUGCUCAUAUUAUCAUUGAUGGGGUCAUUGGUAUAUCCAGGGAGGGAGGGGAUGAAAGUGAAACCGAGCCAAUGAUGGACCCGGACGCAAUAGCUCGGACCUACUGGCACUUGCAUGUUCAGGACCGGAGCGGUUGGACUGAGGAGAUUGACCUUCGUCCCUCUAACCACAUUCUAUUAUAGCCACACA